CGCGCUCGCCUGGCCCCGCCUCGGCUCUCGUGCUCGGUUGAGACUGGCGGCUGGGCUCCUUUCCUCUCUUCAGCCCUAAAGCGGAUCAGCUCGGAGGAGCGGUACGGAGGCUUCCCACAGGACGUCGCCUGCACGACUGCUGUCUGCUCACCUGCUUGCCCCGCGUCCCCCCGUCCCCGGCCAUCGACACCACCGACAGCGCUCAGGCUCUCCGGCGAUCCCGGUUCCCCCCCCCCAGCCCGCAGCUGGUCACCCGGCCCGUCCUGAAACACUGCGCCUCGAAGAGAAUAUCCUGCCCUCAGCCCCACUCCCCCUCCCACACACGCACGAUCGGAAGCGGACGCGAUGGAUAAAACGGAGCUGAUCCAGAAGGCCAAGCUGGCGGAGCAGGCCGAGCGCUACGACGACAUGGCCGCGUCCAUGAAGGAGGUGACCGAGCAGGGGGCCGAGCUGUCCAACGAGGAGAGGAACCUGCUGUCCGUGGCCUACAAGAACGUGGUGGGUGCCCGCAGGUCCGCCUGGAGGGUCAUCUCCAGCAUCGAGCAGAAGACCGAGGGCAGCGACAAGAAGCUGCAGAUGGUCAAGGAGUACCGGGAGAAGGUGGAGUCCGAGCUGCGGGAGAUCUGCAACGAUGUUCUGGGAUUGCUGAGCAAAUAUUUAAUCGCCAACUCUACAAACCCAGAAAGCAAAGUCUUCUAUUUAAAGAUGAAGGGAGACUACUACAGAUAUCUUGCCGAAGUUGCCGCUGGGGAUGACAAGAAAUCAACGAUAGAAAACUCUCAGGGAGCUUAUCAAGAAGCAUUUGACAUCAGCAAGAAAGAGAUGCAGCCCACACAUCCAAUCCGUUUGGGACUCGCCCUCAACUUCUCUGUAUUUUACUAUGAGAUCCUCAACUCCCCAGAGCAGGCCUGUGCAUUGGCAAAACAAGCUUUUGAUGAAGCUAUUGCAGAGCUUGAUACACUGAAUGAAGAUUCAUACAAAGACAGUACCCUCAUCAUGCAGUUGCUUAGAGACAACCUAACAUUAUGGACAUCAGACAACGCAGCAGAUGAAGGGGAGGGUGGAGAAGGCGGCGAGAAUUAAAAUGCACAUGGAGUCAUCUCCCAAAACAAUUUACAGAAAAACCUUUUUACACGUCUCCAUUCCUUAUUGCUCCACUCAAAAAAAAAAAUAUUGCAGCAAUUGAAAACCCAUCAUUACUGAAUAGCUGUAUAUGGAAAUUCAACAAUUUUAGUCUUUUCACACUGCAGCUUUUGGAAAACAGAAAAACUCCAUUCCUUGGUUUGUGUUGUUUGUCCUGGCCUUCCUGGUGUGCGGUUACUGCUGUAGAAAAGUAUUAAUAGCUUCUCUUUAUAUAAACAUUAACUUCCAAUUUAGAAAGAAAACACAUACAGGACUUGUGUAUUUUUGGAGAGAACCUUUCAAGGGAAUGUUGAAAUUCUGAUGACAAAGAUUGGUAGUCCUAUAUUGCAAGGUGGAAUUUGUGUUUGUUAAAAGGUAAGGUCAUCUCUUCAUACAUCCCUUGCAUCAUUUGUUUGAUCUGCGGUUGUCUUGAAUGCAUACAGCAGUUGUAACUUUUGACAGGCAAAUUAAUUGAUCGACUGACCCUGCACAUGCUAGCAAAUGUACAAAGACAACCUGCUCUUUACUGCGGUAGAGGUCAGUGCGUGUUAAAUCUACUGAGGCAACAAGCAUUUCACAGCCAAGCGCUUUUCAUUGGUUAUGAGGUAAUUCCUUUUCGAAGGUCGCAAACACUCCUUUCUAGUAAUGAUAUUCACUCAAUGUUACUUUCUUAGCAUGUCUGAUUUAAAAGGUGGCACUUCCUGAAUACCAAAAAUAGUCUACAUGCAUGACCUUUUUAAGCACCCUGGAAUGGGAACCAAUAUUAUUAUAUACACCAAGUCCAAGUAUUCUAUUUAGUACUUUUCAAUGCAGGUUUGUGCACAUGUAAGAGGGUGUUUGGUUUGUCCAGUGAUUGUCAUUAGAGAUUUGGACCACUAUUGUGUUUUGCUAAUCAUUGAUUGUAGUCCCCAAAAGCCUUGUGAAAAUGUUUAAUGCCCUAUGUAACAGCUAUGUAACAUGAAUAAAAAUGACAUUUUAUAAACUGAAAGCAAA